GCUUUGCGUCAGACGUGAACCACUUCCAGCCCUAACCUUAAACUUUCCCACUAACAAUUACACUGUUUUAAGCCCAAAAAUGUACUUAAAAGUACAGUUUUACGCGAAAAUGUGUGAUAAGGGCCCAUAAUAUUGCGUCACUAAUCCUUAUCAUUAAAUUUAUCACCAUUACGUGAACCUAACCCAAAAGUUCAGAGUUUACAAUAAACAAUGUCGCGCAAACGGCGCCACUCGCCCCCACGACCCCUCUCGUCCUACGCCACUGAGUUGGCCCCCUUCCUGGACCACCACGCCAACAUCCGUAACCCGCACGAUUUCUGGAAAUUCCACGAAAAGUACACCACAUUGGGUAAAACCGACCGAAGCAAAAUCCUCAAUUUGCAAUUCACAUCCAACGACCUCUACGACAAACUCCCAGUGCUCGACCGGAAGGGGGCCCGCAUCCGGAUAUCACGUGACGACUUCCACCAUUUCCUCACCUCAGUUCGAGUGUACCAAGACUUCCAACAGAAGAGCAAAUUUGCGAAGUUGCGCAAACUGAGACGGGGGCAAAGCGAGCUCCCCAUCGCGGGGUACCGCCAAGAGAUUUUGGACAAGUUGGGGGGCUGUCGGGUUAUGUUGAUCGCGGGGGACACCGGGUGUGGGAAAAGUACGCAAGUGCCACAGUUUGUGUACCAAGGGGGCUAUAAAAAGAUUGUGUGUACGCAACCGAGGCGGAUCGCGUGUGUGUCGUUAGCGAAGCGAGUGGCUCAUGAGACUCUGACGGACUUUAAGAGCACGGUGGGGUACCAGAUUAGGUUCGAGAAGAGCAAGAGAGCUGAUACUUCUAUAGUCUUCAUGACCGAAGGGCUAUUAUUAAGACAAGCGCAAGAAGAAGACACUUUGAAUUCAUACGACGUUAUUAUUUUGGACGAAGUGCAUGAGAGGCAUCUCCAUGGGGAUUUCCUAGUCGGGAUCAUGAAGUGCCUCCUGUACAAAAGACAAGACUUUAAAUUAAUCUUAAUGUCUGCAACAAUAAAUCUCGACUUGUUUACAAACUACUUCAAGCGAGAGAAGCUCGAAGUUGUCCGAGUGCCCGGUCGGCUAUUUCCGAUCGAAAUCGUCUAUAGACCUAUAAUCCGAGACCCCUACGAACGAAAAAGGGAAAAACUUGACUGUACCCCUUAUUUGCAAAUAAUCCAAAUGAUUGAUGAGAAAUACCAACCGAGCCAAAAAGGCGACUUGUUGAUUUUCCUAAAUGGGUAUAGUGAAAUAUCAACACUAGCAGAUGCUGUUAGUGAAUAUAGCCAAGUUAAGAAGAACUGGAUUGUGCUCCAACUCCACUCAAGUCUGAGUCUUGAGGAACAGGACAAAGUCUUCGAUUAUCCACCAGAGGGCGUCCGCAAGUGCAUCAUAAGCACGAACAUUGCCGAAACUUCGGUCACAAUCGACGGAAUCCGAUUCGUUAUAGACUCGGGGAAAGUCAACCGUAUGACAUACCACACCUCUGGUGGUGUUAACAAAUUGACCGAAACAACAAUAUCACAAGACAGCGCUAAACAACGUUCGGGAAGAGCCGGCCGGACAGGCCCUGGCAUUUGCUACCGCCUCUACUCUGAGGAAGAUUUCAAAAACUUCGAAAUUUUCACUCCUGCCGAAAUCCAUCUCGUACCCUUAGACACCCUCUUAUUACAUAUGAUUUCGUUGGGGUUAACCGACUUGAACCACUUCCCCUUCCUCGAAAAACCCAGCGAGAAAAGCAUCGAAGAAGGCGUGGAGAAAUUGAAAUUCACAGGCGCCUUAGAACUCAAAAUCAACUGUCUUGCCUUAACCCCGCUAGGGGACGCUUUGAGCCAACUACCGGUCGAUCUAAGCAUCGGCAAAAUGCUAGUCUUGAGCACAGUUUUCGGUAAUGUUAACGCCGUCCUUGCGGUGGCGGCACUGCUCAGCAUCCAGUCACCUCUGACGCAAAACGCUUACCGAAACACUGAAGCGCAAGACUUGCGCCGAGUAUUGGAUUCGAACCAUGGUGACCCGAUCUCGAUGCUUAACUACUACAAAGAGUGGCUGUCGGUAAAACAGAGCUCUGUACCCGUGAAAUCACGGUACGAGAAAGGCGAGUCGUCCAAAGUUUGGGCGCGGAAGCGGUGUCUCGAGGAACAAAGGUUUUACGAAGCGACCAAGCUAUUGGAACAGUUUAGGGAUAUCCUGAACGAAGCGAAUCUCCUAUCAAAGGUGGCGGCGCACGGAUUGUCAAGCGAGCAGCGUGCUAUGAGACACGGGGAGCUCAAACAGUUGAAAUCGCUGAGAUAUAAGCUCAAGAAUGAGAAAAAGUCGGAGAGGAAGCAACUCAAGUAUGAGAUUUUUAGUGGGGAUAAGGAGGAAGAUGAAACUACGGAUUUACGGGAUGUGGAGUUUCGCAUAACUAAUGAUUUUACCCGACUCCAGAAACUACUAAAUGAGGCUUCGGCUGAUAGUUACAAAGAUUUGGUUUUAUUGAAAUUGAUACUAACAAGUGGGUUGUACCCUCAAAUUGCGGUUGAGGAUGAGUUUAAUUCGAGUAAAACUGUGUCGGAACGCUUGUACCACACUAAAAACAAAAACUACGUUUUCUUGCGUCCUUUGAGUUAUUUUGCAACGAAUCCGGAGGUUCUAGAGUUGCAUAAUGAUGAUAUAGAGGUGCCCCCUCCUGGCUACUUCAGUAAGCGACCAAUCAGUAAAAAACACCAAUUGUUAAUCUACCAGACGAUCCUUGAGACAAAAAAGGUCUAUCUUGUUAAUACCAUGCGAAUGCCUGCCAUCCAAACUCUGAUGCUUUUCAGCAAAACUAUAGCCAGUAACAAGACUUUGACAAAGUUUGUUUUUGACGAUUUCUUGCUCCUUGAUGUCCCUUUUUACGGCCAGGGUAAAACACUGUUAAUGCGAGCGUUGAAACUGAGACACAAGUGGAAACACGAACUUGAGUCCAAAUUGAAGGACCCGUCGCGCGAUUUUAACAAAAAAGAGAUUUUCUAUUUUAUCGACGAUUUGGUCAAUUUUGUCAACACUGAUGUUAAUUAUAACAUAAAACGGCUACUACCGGCCGAUUUGAAGGAAAUCUACACGGGGGAACCGGGAGGGGUCGGAGUCAACGAAAAAAAUCCCUUUGAGGAGUCUUUCAAAAUUAUGCAAAAUAAUGAGUUAGGAGGGGUUCAAAUGACUGAAAAUUUCACAUACGGGUGUUUGCUGCAAGAAGAGUGGGCCUGUAGUAUUGAGGAAAGGGUUGAAACGACCCCUUUCGAAUGCCAGUAUUGCAAGGAAACUAAAUUGGGGCUGUCGGUGUUUAAAAUAAUACAGCAUGAGGAGUUCUGUCGCCCGGAGAUAGACAAGCCUGAGGUGGAAACUGUUGUUGUUAAGGCGAAUUCUAAAGUUUUUCGUUGUGAUAAGUGCGGAAAAGACCUGGUUUUGACCCCCGUUGAGAUUUUGAAGCACAAAAAGGCGUGUAAUUAGGGAGCGGUGCUUCUUGUGUUGUAAAUAUUUCUUGUUUAAAUAAAUAAGAUCAACAGAUAAUUAAUAAAGUGAAAAAAUGUUUUUUUA